AUACAAGGCGGCGCGAGCGGGGACCCGAAAGCCCAGACAAUAGUUGAUGCCCGGGGAUGGGGCACCUCCGCCCCCUACUCCGCCAGGAACAUGCCCCCCGCCGGCUGCUCUCCAAUCUGCAUUCGGGGUCCCCUUCAGAGCCUGGCUCGGGAGUUGGACUGAUUCGCCCCCGCCUCCCCCGGGCCCCUCUGAGCUCGGCGCCCGCCCCAGCCCGGCCUCGCCGCCUGCGGUUCUCUGCAGAGGAGGCGGCGAGUGAGCGCGCGCCGACGGUGUACACGGUUUCUUUUUCUCCCCAGGGAGAGCGCGCGGCGGACCCGCCCGGGAAGCGCGGCGGAACGGGGAGGCCGGGCCCAGCGGUUCAGUUUCAAAUUUGAAUCUCCUGUAGUACUGACUGUAACCUGAUUUUCAAGAUAUUUUUAUAAGAAGUAGAUCAAAAGGACUGUACUUUCAGGUUUUGAGAGAAUACCUCAAGUUGGACUCCAAAGCAAGAUUUACUGCUGACUUUGAAGUGGAAAAGGGUUGUGCAUUAUUACUGGGGAUGCUAAUUGUCAAAAUUUCUGUAGCCAUGGCACAAGACUAUAAGAAAGCAUGGGAUUAUGGCAGCCACAGAGUCCCAGUAAUACAACUUCCAUUCAGUUUUUUCUCAAAGGAAGCCAUUUAUUAAAGUGAAGCAAAGAAACAAUAGUGGAUUAUAAUGUUUUGAAGAUUUGGAUUUUCAGAAGCUUGAAAACAAGGCAUCAUUUAACCUUUUAAAUGAAAAAGAUUAAGAUCUUGAGCAGCUGCUGUCUUUGCUGGAACCCGUUCUCCGUAAGGGAAGUGCACAUUUACAACUUAGAUAUGAUGGUCCUUUCUGCAGGGAUUUAAGUCCGGUUGCUUUCCCACCAUGACCAGCCUGAAACGGUCGCAGACGGAGAGGCCUAUUGCCACCGAGAGGGCCUCCGUGGUCGGCGCAGAUGGCCCUCCCAAAGUGCACACUGACGACUUCUACAUGCGGCGCUUCAGGUCCCAAAAUGGCAGCUUGGGAUCCUCGGUCAUGGCUCCCGUGGGGCCCCCCCGCAGCGAAGGCCCUCACCAUAUAACCUCGACCCCCGGAGUUCCAAAGAUGGGGGUUAGGGCGAGAAUUGCAGAUUGGCCCCCAAGGAAGGAAAACGUAAAAGAAUCUAGCCGUUCAAGCCAGGAAAUAGAAACCUCAAGUUGCCUUGAGAGCCUGUCCUCCAAAAGCAGUCCUGUGAGUCAGGGAAGUUCUGUUAGCCUCAAUUCCAGUGACUCAGCCAUGUUGAAGAGCAUACAGAACACGCUGAAGAACAAGACCCGGCCGCUGGAGAACAUGGACUCCAGAUUUCUCAUGCCUGAAGCCUAUCCCAGCUCCCCCAGGAAGGCUCUUCGCAGAAUACGGCAGCGGAGCAACAGUGAUAUCACCAUAAGUGAACUUGACGUGGAUAGCUUUGAUGAAUGUAUCUCGCCCACAUACAAGACUGGGCCAUCACUGCACAGGGAAUAUGGUAGCACAUCUUCGAUCGAUAAGCAGGGAACGUCCGGAGAGAGCUUCUUUGACUUGUUAAAGGGCUACAAAGAUGACAAAUCCGAUCGAGGUCCAACUCCAACCAAGCUCAGUGACUUUCUCAUCGCCGGUGGGGCCAAGGGUUCUGGUUUCUCUUUGGAUGUCAUAGAUGGGCCCAUCUCACAGAGAGAGAACCUCAGGCUCUUCAAGGAACGGGAAAAACCACUCAAGCGACGGUCCAAGUCUGAAACCGGAGACUCUUCCAUUUUUCGUAAAUUACGCAAUGCCAAAGCUGACGAACUUGGGAAAUCAUCCGAUCUUGAAGAUAACCGAUCAGAAGACUCUGUCAGACCCUGGACAUGUCCAAAGUGCUUUGCCCACUACGAUGUUCAGAGUAUAUUGUUUGACUUGAAUGAGGCGAUUAUGAACAGGCACAAUGUUAUUAAGAGGAGGAACACCACCACGGGGGCUUCGGCAGCUGCCGUGGCUUCCUUAGUUUCAGGGCCAUUGUCUCACUCGACCAGUUUCAGCUCCCCGAUGGGCAGCACGGAGGACCUGAAUUCCAAGGGAAGCCUCGGGAUGGACCAGGGAGACGAUAAAAGCAACGAACUUGUAAUGAGCUGCCCGUAUUUCCGGAACGAGAUAGGUGGAGAAGGUGAAAGGAAAAUCAGUCUGUCCAAAUCCAACUCCGGUUCCUUCAGUGGAUGUGAAAGUGCCUCCUUUGAGUCUGCACUGAGCUCCCACUGCACCAAUGCAGGAGUGGCGGUCCUGGAGGUGCCCAAGGAGAACUUGGUGCUGCAUCUGGAUCGAGUGAAAAGGUACAUUGUGGAGCAUGUGGACCUCGGCGCUUACUAUUACAGGAAAUUCUUCUAUCAGAAGGAACACUGGAACUAUUUUGGGGCCGAUGAGAAUCUUGGCCCAGUGGCUGUGAGCAUACGAAGGGAAAAACCAGAAGAAAUGAAAGAAAAUGGAUCUCCUUACAACUACCGAAUAAUAUUUCGGACUAGUGAGCUCAUGACACUCAGAGGUUCGGUCCUGGAGGAUGCCGUUCCCUCAACGGCGAAGCACUCGACAGCCAGAGGGCUGCCCCUGAAAGAAGUGCUGGAGCACGUGGUUCCCGAGCUCAACGUCCAGUGCCUGCGCCUGGCCUUCAACACUCCCAAGGUCACAGAGCAGCUCAUGAAACUGGACGAACAAGGCCUAAACUAUCAGCAAAAAGUCGGCAUCAUGUACUGCAAAGCUGGACAGAGCACAGAAGAAGAGAUGUACAACAAUGAAUCAGCCGGCCCAGCCUUUGAAGAGUUCCUUCAGCUGUUGGGAGAACGUGUUCGGCUCAAAGGAUUCGAGAAGUAUCGUGCACAGCUUGACACCAAAACUGACUCCACUGGAACCCAUUCUCUGUACACAACCUACAAAGACUAUGAAAUUAUGUUUCACGUCUCUACCAUGCUGCCAUACACACCCAACAACAAGCAACAGCUCCUACGGAAGCGGCACAUUGGAAAUGAUAUCGUAACAAUAGUUUUCCAAGAGCCUGGAGCACAGCCAUUCAGCCCGAAAAACAUCCGAUCCCACUUUCAGCACGUCUUCGUCAUCGUCAGGGCUCACAACCCCUGCACGGACAGUGUCUGUUACAGUGUGGCUGUCACCAGGUCCAGAGAUGUGCCGUCCUUUGGACCUCCCAUCCCCAAAGGGGUCACUUUCCCUAAGUCAAAUGUGUUCAGGGACUUCCUCCUGGCCAAAGUGAUAAAUGCAGAAAACGCUGCUCAUAAAUCGGAAAAGUUCCGGGCUAUGGCCACGCGGACGCGCCAGGAAUACCUGAAAGAUCUGGCAGAAAAGAAUGUCACCAACACCCCUAUUGACCCCUCUGGCAAGUUCCCCUUCAUCUCUCUGGCCUCCAAGAAGAAGGAAAAGUCUAAGCCAUAUCCAGGAGCCGAGCUCAGCAGCAUGGGGGCCAUUGUGUGGGCCGUCCGAGCCAAAGACUACAACACGGCGAUGGAAAUAGACUGCCUUCUAGGGAUCUCCAAUGAGUUCAUCGUCCUCAUUGAACAGGAGACAAAGAGUGUGGUUUUCAACUGCUCCUGCAGAGAUGUGAUAGGGUGGACCUCCACUGACACCAACCUCAAAAUCUUCUACGAGCGAGGGGAAUGUGUUUCAGUGGAGAGUUUCAUUAAUGAGGAUAUCAAGGAAAUUGUCAAAAGGCUGCAGUUUGUGUCAAAGGGUUGUGAAUCGGUGGAGAUGACUCUGCGCAGGAACGGGCUAGGACAGCUUGGCUUCCACGUCAACUACGAGGGCAUCGUGGCGGACGUGGAGCCCUACGGCUACGCCUGGCAGGCGGGGCUGCGGCAGGGCAGCAGGCUGGUGGAGAUCUGCAAGGUGGCAGUGGCCACCCUGAGCCAUGAGCAGAUGAUCGAUCUCCUGAGAACGUCCGUCACAGUGAAGGUUGUCAUCAUCCCCCCGCAUGACGACUGCACCCCACGGAGGAGUUGCUCUGAAACCUACCGCAUGCCAGUGAUGGAGUACAAAAUGAACGAAGGGGUUUCAUACGAAUUCAAGUUUCCCUUCCGAAAUAACAACAAAUGGCAAAGGAAUGCCAACAAGGGGCCUCAUGCUGCUCCAGUGCCGUCCCAGGUGCAGAGUCCCAUGACCUCGAGGCUGAACGCUGGGAAAGGAGACGGGAAGAUGCCCCCUCCAGAGAGAGCCGCCAACAUUCCUCGCAGCAUCUCCAGCGAUGGGCGCCCUCUGGAGAGGCGGCUGUCUCCUGGUUCCGACAUCUACGUGACGGUCUCAUCCAUGGCGUUAGCAAGAUCCCAGCAGUGUCGUAAUUCCCCCAGCAACCUGUCUUCAUCCAGCGAGACCGGCUCUGGGGGAGGCACGUACAGACAGAAGUCCAUGCCCGAAGGGUUCGGAGUGAGCCGCAGAUCCCCGGCCUCCAUCGACAGGCAGAACACGCAGUCCGAUCUUGGCGGCAGUGGAAAAUCCACACCCAGCUGGCAAAGAAGUGAGGAUAGCAUUGCCGACCAGAUGGAGCCGGCGUGCCACCUCCCCGCAGUGUCGAAGGUGCUGCCAGCCUUCCGCGAGAGCCCCAGCGGGAGACUGAUGCGGCAGGACCCGGUGGUUCAUUUGUCCCCGAACAAACAAGGGCAUUCCGACAGCCACUACUCGAGCCACUCCAGCAGCAACACGCUCUCCAGCAACGCCUCGAGCGCCCACAGUGACGAGAAGUGGUAUGACGGGGACCGCACCGAGUCCGAGCUCAACAGCUACAACUAUCUGCAAGGCACCUCUGCCGACAGCGGCAUCGACACCACCUCCUACGGCCCCAGCCACGGCAGCACCGCCUCCCUGGGGGCCGCCACGUCGUCGCCUCGCUCGGGGCCAGGCAAGGAGAAGGUGGCCCCCCUGUGGCACAGUUCCAGCGAAGUGAUCUCCAUGGUGGAUCGGACUUUAGAGACGGACAGCCAUGGCAUGGACCGGAAGGCAGAAUCCUCCCUGAGCCUGGAUAUCCACAGCAAGGGCCAGGCUGGCUCCAGCCCUCUGACAAGGGAGAACAGCACUUUCAGUAUCAAUGACGCUGCUUCCCACACAAGCACCAUGAGCUCCCGUCACUCCGCCAGCCCGGUCGUCUUCACCAGUGCCAGGAGUUCACCCAAGGAAGAGCUCCACCCCGCCGCCGCCUCGCAGCUCGCGCCUUCCUUCUCCUCCUCCUCGUCCUCCUCGUCUGGCCCUAGGACUUUCUACCCUCGCCAGGGCGCUACUAGCAAGUACCUGAUCGGGUGGAAAAAACCUGAAGGAACCAUAAACUCCGUGGGAUUUAUGGACACAAGAAAGCGUCAUCAGAGUGACGGUAAUGAGAUAGCCCACCCCAGGCUGCGCGCCUCGACCAGGGACCUCCGCGCGUCUCCUAAGCCAAGCUCCAAGUCCACCAUUGAAGAGGACCUCAAGAAACUCAUCGACCUUGAAAGCCCAACUCCCGAAUCCCAGAAGAACUUUAAGUUCCAGGCGCUCUCCUCGCCGCAGUCUCCUUUCCCCACCACCCCCACCUCCAGGCGGGCCCUGCACCGAACGCUGUCGGAUGAGAGUAUUUACAGUGGCCAGAGGGAGCACUUUUUCACCUCAAGGGCUUCGCUGCUGGACCAAGCCCUGCCCAAUGAUGUCCUCUUCAGUAGCACGUACCCUUCUCUCCCCAAGUCUCUUCCGUUGCGGAGGCCUUCGUACACCUUGGGAAUGAAGUCACUGCAUGGAGCUGCUGGUGAACUGGAGUGAGGACAAGAAGAAAGGUGGCAUCCAUCAGCCCCUGUGCCCUGAGAGUCUCUUCGUAGAGUCUGGUUGGUUGCCAAAUCUGAACCUUCCCCUGGGCCAAAGUUCCCAAACAAACAAGCCUUUUUCACAGAAAGACUCUGAUUGGUGCAGUGCCUAGGGAUCCCAGGAAUGCAAGCCCCCUUGGCCACCAGAGUCGGGCAAUCAAGGAACCCCCCUGCCUGGAUCACAGCUGCAAAAACCAGGGCACCAGAUGUGUGUGAAAGCUGCCCUUUCGGAUCUUUUUUAAAAAUACAGAUUUCCAGUCCUUCCUCCAGACCUGCUGGAUUUGAGUUUGAAUACAAAGAUGUAUAUUGAGAAUUAGUAUUUUUUACCAAACAUCCCAGCUGCUGUUAUGUUGGGUAAAUGUGGGUAACAGCUUAGUUAUUUCUUAGACACUGUAUUCACUGCCUCCCUCCAGCCACCAUGGAACCCCCCCUUGACCUUGUUCUCGGUCGUUCCCAGGCUGUGAAGGUGUUGUCUGUGGUGCCAACCACUUGCUUGUUGACUCUUUCAUCCACUGAGUGAGCACGUAUUUCAGGAAAAGGCACGUUGACGAUGGGGUACCUCCACGUUCUUGCCUUUGUUCACAAAUGCCCGUUUGCUCUGUCUGGAUCCCACUUUCAUGAAGGGCCAUAUCCUGGGACUGUGGAUUGACAUUUGUCCUUUUCCUCUCUCCUCUCUCCAUCCAACUCCAUUCCUUCCCCACCGUGACCCAGCACAGUGGAUACCUGUUAUGGAGCCGGUCUUCCUGCCUGUGUAUUACACAUACAGCUGUAACCACACCUCCCUUCUGCCCUUUCUUCCUGGGAAUUCUGUGUCCAUUCAUUCACACCCACACUCCUUUUCCUUCUGCUGCUGCGCAGAGCAGUGUUUUCUUUAAAUCUGCUGCUGGCCUGGUUUGCUUUCUCCGUGCAUCUUUCGUGAGCUCUCAGCCCACCCUCAUGAACGGCCCCCCAGCGUCUCCAUCCCACUCACUGUUCCCAUCCCCCCUCCACCCUGGCAGGCGUCACUUGGGGAUCGUGCCAGCCUCUCCUUCUCCCACCCCUACCCAACUGUAGCUUAGAUCUUGUUUCUCUUUGCUCGAGGAGGUCAUCCCCAAAGAACCAAAAUAGACACAUGGAAUGUCCACUUCUUACCAUCCAGACUCUAGAAAAAACCUCGUAGUAACCCAGUAACCAGCAACCUUUUCUCCUUUGUUGUCCCUGCACUGGAGCCACCCUCCCCUGGAUUCCAUUGCUCCUGCAACCUUCUGCCUACCUUGAGGGCUUUUCUAACUUCCCUGCACUGUUUUUAAACCUUUGCAGCAAUAAAAAUAAAUGCGUUGUAAAGGCUUCUCUGCAUAUGUCUGUCAAAGUAGGCCCUGUCUUCUAGAGACUCGUGUUCUAAGAGAGCAGCUCAGAAAAUGCACACACAGUCCUCAUUCAGCUGAUGAAUGAAGCCUGGGGUUAAAGCCCAGCCUGAGGAAUGGGAAGGAAAGUCUCCCUUUCUGAGCACCUGCCCAUCUUCCUCCUUUCCUGAAGGUCAGGCGGCAGCGCCAUGGUCCUGUGUCCUCAACAGGGCAGGCCUUGCUGGGCUGACCCUCAGCCCCGGCACGGGUGUGAAUACACUGCAGCGUGUUUGGGCAGUGGGGAGGGCUGACUUCUCUGUUCCCCCAUGUGGAAAUUUGAGCCCCAGCUCUGAAAGGGCAGAGGGUUAUGAGUGACACACAAAAUUGUCUGUUCCACCUCCUUACCCUUGGUGGGAGCAAAUUUCAAUAGAACUGAGCAUUUAAUAUCUGGCGGUAUUCGUUGAUUUCUAUUCACUCAUAAUUUGGCUAAUUUUAAGCACAUUAAUAACUAGCAGCUGCUCUUCAGAGCAGUUCUUCAUGUAAUCUGAAAGGGAAAACAAGCACUAAAUAUACCCGAGUUUACCAGGCUCUCGUAAUUGACGGCUCUUUUUAACUCCUUGUAAACAGGUAUUUCUGGAGUUGCUUACAUGUUUUUACUGAGAGCGUCACUUUUGGUUCUGUGUCUGCGUGGAUGGUAGUAGUGUCCCAGUCCCAUUCUGAGGGCUGAGCCCUUCUCGUAAAAAGGUGCACUCUGUCCCAUUUCCCCCACCUCCUGCCCUAUUGAGAGCCUUUACAUUUCUUGAGCUCCACUAGCCUUCCCUCUCUGUUCUCCACACACAUGAACUUGAGUGUAGCAGCAUGCCCUUAUACGGCAUGGAGUGGCUCUUUCUCCAGUCCUCCCUGCCUCGGGCUAAGCAAAGGUUACUUGUUAAGAUGGCUUACUGUUUGUAUUUAAAAUCUCACCUUAGCAGGGGCUCAGGAUGCUAGGCUGCUGUAACCCCACCCCGAUCCCAGGAUUGCUCACUGUGCCCUUGGGAGAGAGAAGAAUCCCUUCCAGCGCUAACCCCUUGCCUCUGGGAGGAGAAGUGAGGUGCCGGAGCUGCCUGGACCCCACCGGAGACAGACAGCUCUUCCAAAAGCAGACUCGUUGCCUCGGUGCAAACCUAACUUUUCCAUGAGUCACACUACUAGAAACGAGGUAGUAAGAGGUUGUCAGAAAACGAUUCAAGACUGGAGGAAGUUGAUCUGUAGUUGAACUCAGCUUGGAACGGCCACUGAGGACCUGCGAGGCCAGGCUGAUCCCAGGGCCUGAAUGACGUGCCCAUCUGUUGUGGUGCCAGGAGAUGGGUAAGCUCCCCCGUGGCUCUC